AAGUGGAACGAAAAUCAUAUAUGAUUCCAAACAUUUUAUACAAAUAAAUAACUGAAAAGUGGGGAGUGCGUAAUUAUUCAGCUUGAACAUGUGACUGCUGCAUCAGUGCACACAAAAGUCUUUGACAGGUUUUUAAGAUCAUGUGAGCGUCAGAGCGAUCCAGCGAUAUUCAUCAGCAAAGGUAGCGUUAUGAUUAUAUUCUCAAAAAUCAACAGACUCAUAUUCAUGUUUCUGUCCAUGUGCACCUCUGCUGUCAUAUUUGGAUAUUAGAAACUUCCUCUUUCUGCUUGUUGGACAGUCCAGUGUUUCUUCUUUCCAGAGCUUAAUGUAAAUGAGUCCCUUUGUAACUGAUAUGUACACUGUGUCUUUGAGUCAGGGGGAAAAACUAUUUGUUCAUAUUCAAAUACUGAGUACAGAGUGUGUGUUAGUACAGAUGGUUAUUCACUGCAGAGCUGUCUGCAUGAACACCAGAGAAGAACCAGAUUCAAACCUGCAGGCUCAUUUCAUGUCUGUGUACAGAGGUGCUGUGUGGACCACAUUUGAACUGUUGCUUUUGUCUUCAUGGACAAUUUUAAACAGAUGAUCAUUUAUUAAGAAUAAUCAUAUGUUUCUUACAGCAGUGUGUGAUAAACUAGAUAUCUGUGUUUAAUAUAAAGUGCUGCGUGUCCAUCAAACAGUGAAGAGCUGCUGGAUUCAUUGUUUCCUCCAAAUGAAAGAAAAGUCAUUUUCAUGUGACAGAGCGACGAUGCAGUGGAGUCUGUUUCUGCUUCUUCUGAUGGGUCAGUGUGUCUUCAUCACAUGUCAGCUGUAUGAGUACCACUUUAUUAAAGAACAGAUGAGCUGGGAUGAAGCACGGGCAUACUGCAGAGAGAACUACACAGACCUGGCCAAAGUGUUUGACCUGACAGACAUGAGAAGACUUCAAGACUCUGCACAGAAUCAAACAGAAGCCUGGAUUGGACUGUACAGCGAGCCAGGAAGAGACAACAGGAGGUGGCACUGGUCUCUGCCGGGGGAGGAAUACACUGAAAAUAAGACCUGUUGGGGAAAUGGAGAGCCAAAUGAUUAUGGUGGCACCCCUGAGAACUGUGUGAUGACAGGAGACACGUGGGAAGGAGACAAGUGGAACGAUGUUCCAUGUAGUGACACAUUUCAGUUCAUCUGCUAUAACGAAACGAUGAAAGACAACAAAACCUUUCAUUUGAAUGAUAAGUCUGUGACCUGGACUCAGGCUCAGAACUACUGCAGACAGCAUCACACCGACCUGGCCAGUGGACUCGAUCAGAUAUACAGUGAAGAGUUUAAGAUGCUGCAGAAGUCUAAAGAGCUGUGGAUCGGCCUGUUCAGAGACAGCUGGAGGUGGUCAGAUGGGAGUAACUUCUCUUUCAGAUACUGGGACAUGGACUCAUUUAAUGAUGGACUAAACAACAGGAAAUGUGCUACGACUCUGUUAGAGAGAUCAGGAAGAUGGAGCUCUGCUGGAUGUGACCAAAGAAAGCCUUUCUUCUGCUAUGAUGAUAAACUGAUUCUGAUCAGGGAAAACAAAACCUGGGAGGAAGCCUUGAAUUACUGCAGACAGAAACACCAUGACCUGGUUUCAAUCAGCAACCCUCAUCAGCAGCGAUGGGUCCAGGAAAGAGCCAAAAACGCCUCGACUCCUUUCGUGUGGCUGGGACUGCGCUACUCCUGCGCUGCACGUUUGUGGCUUUGGGUCACUGAUUAUGUAGUGUGCUAUGAGAGGUGGGCUUCAGGGGGAAGGACUGAAGACUGUGACAUGUCUGCAGCCAUGACCACAGGAGGGCAGCACGAGUGGGUCAGUCAGAGGAAAAAUGAGACAUUUAAUUUUAUUUGUAUAAAACACUGAGGUUUAAACCUAAAGUCACUUCUUAGCUGCACAUGUAGAUUUUCUGGGGUGAACUCUGUGUUUCUGCUCAGUGUUUACAGUCUCUGGGUUUGAAAUGGGAGAAAAAUGACCAACAGAUUAUUACCUGCAGGUUAGAUAUGUGCAGAGAGCAGUCUGUGUUUCAUUUCCUCUCCUUUACCAGAGUCAGGAACAUCUUGGUUUCUUCCUUCAUUGUUGCUGGAUUGGUUCAUUAUUAAACUGUAGCAGGAUAUUUGUUUUGAUUUACUUCAGAUAUGGUGAUGGUUUGAAUGUUUCUGCUUCAUGUGCUGUAAAUCUUUGUAUCACAUCAUUGUAUCCUCAGCUUGAAUUACAAAGCCUGUCACUAAAAGCAGGUAAAACCAUGUUUGUGUCAUGACUCCAUAUGAGCUCUAUAAUCUGAUCAUGUUUGUUCAUGAAGACAAAUAAACCUUCAUUUAACCAA